AUGUUUUUCUUCAGGGAAAACCACGUCCUGUCACGUGCCCGCCACACCUGCGCGGACCUCACACCUGAGCCCGGGCCUCACACCUGUGUCCGGACCUGCGCCCUGAAGCCGGGCGGACAUGCAGCACAGGAGGCGCACCCGGGUCGCGGAGCUGCCACCCCAAAGGGAAGACGUGCGGGCGGCCUUCCAGGAGCCCCAAGCAGGAGGAACAUCAAAAGGAGGCGGUGGCAGCUCCGAGCUCCAAAAGGUUUACCAAAUGAGGUUUGUUUUUUCCUCACCCUCUUUAAAUCCCCACCCCAAGUCACGCUUUGUUGCUUGCUUUCAGUAUUGCCAAAUGAGAGAAGCCUCCAGAAUGCUGCCAAAAGCAAUAAUUUGGAUCUUAGGGAGAAGCAGUUUGAAAAGAAGGUUAACAUGAAUGCUGUGAACAAUAGGAACCGCACAGCCCUGCAUUUUGCAGUGGGGGCAAAUCAUUUAUCUGUGGGGGAAUUCUUGCUUAAUUGCAAGGCCAGGGUGGAUGCUGCUGAUAAGCAUGGCUUGACAGUAAUUCACCUUGCAGCCUGGUCUGGAAGCCUUGAGGUCAUGCUCAUGCUUGUUAGAGCUAGAGCAGACCAGAGAGCCACGAAUCAGGAUGGAAUGAAGGCCCUUCCCUUCGCAGCUCAGAGCAAUAAUGUGCGCAUUGUGGGGCACCUCAUUCAAGAUCUGCACUUGAAGGACCUGAACCAGCCUGAUGAGAAAGGAAGAAAACCAUUUCUUUUGGCAGCUGAGAGGGGAAAUGAUAGAAAAUCAGAUAUCAAUGCCGAAAUAAUAGAAAAACUUGCCUUCUUUAAUCUGCAUACUUCAAAAAAAGAUACCCGAUUUCUGAGUCAGGGCACAUUGGGGAGAACUCGUAACAUCCAGCAAACUGUAAUUGCAGGUUCUGAUAGGCUUCACUUGCACAAAGUAAAGUGUCUGGGGAUGCUGCCGGCCGUUUGGAGGAGGCCCACGAUGGCCACACCGUCUCUGGCGGCCUCCUCCUGUGGAGGAGCUGUUGCCAGAGCAGCUGGAGUGGCCUGUGUGAUAGAGCAAUUGCCUCCAAACAUGUUUGGUAGCAAACUCGUGUCAGAAAACAGACUCAAUCCCAGUGCUUUGCAGAUAGCAACCCAGGAUGGCCACGCAUCCCUUGUCAGCUUUCUGAUCUCUGCACCAGAACGUGAAAGUGAGUCCAUUCCAACAGCUCGGGCUUUGACGCCUAAGGCGUCCGCCCUCCAUGUAGCUGUUAUCAACAACCACAUUACGGUGGUCCACAGCUUAUUACGUGCACAGCAUGACAUUGACGUCCAAGGAAAGACUGCCUUGUUGGUGGCCUCCCAGAGCAACCACAGCCUUGUUGUGGACAUGCUCAUAAAAGCAGAAAGAUACUGUGCCUGGAGAGAGGUAAGGAAGGAGGAUACAUUAAAAAUGCAUUUUUUGUUGUAACAUUUCCUUAGCCACGGAAUCACCACUGUUUUCUUUGGGGGUGGGGAAAUAGCAGGGUUGUGACAGAAGCAAGGGACACAACACUGAAACAUCCCUCUCCUUUCCUGUGUCAGGCAGACAGUACUCACACUCUGAGAACUGCAUGCUAGCAAUGAAUUCUGUCAGGCUGGAAAGAAGACCCAAUGAUAGACCUAGAGGGCUCUCGCCCUGCAGGGAGGCGUUGCAAUGUCUG